AUGACGGAUAAAGAAACCGUGCUUGCUGAGCCCAACAGGUUCGAGACUGCACCUAGUCCACUUCCACAUCUGGCACCCCCAUUCUCAGAGUCCAGACUGGACCAUGAGCCACCAGUGUUACUCUCAGAGUCCAGGCUGGACCAUGAGCCACCAGUGUUACUCUCAGAGUCCAGGCUGGACCAUGAGCCACCAGUGUUACUCUCAGAGUCUAGGCUGGACCAUGAGCCACCAGUGUUACUCUCAGAGUCUAGGCUGGACCAUCAGCCACCAGUGUCACUCUCAGAGUCUCGGCUGGACCAUCAGCCACCAGUGUCACUCUCAGAGUCCAGGCUGGACCAUGAGCCACCAGUGUUACUCUCAGAGUCCAGGCUGGACCAUCAGCCACCAGUGUCACUCUCAGAGUCCAGGCUGGACCAUCAGCCACCAGUGUCACUCUCAGAGUCCAGGCUGGACCAUCAGCCACCAGUGUCACUCUCAGAGUCCAGGCUGGACCAUCAGCCACCAGUGUCACUCUCAGAGUCCAGGCUGGACCAUCAGCCACCAGUGUUACUCUCAGAGUCUAGGCUGGACCAUCAGCCACCAGUGUCACUCUCAGAGUCCAGGCUGGACCAUCAGCCACCAGUGUCACUCUCAGAGUCAAGGCUGGACCAUCAGCCACCAGUGUCACUCUCAGAGUCCAGGCUGGACCACCAGCCACCAGUGUCACUCUCAGAGUCCAGGCUGGACCAUCAGCCACCAGUGUCACUCUCAGAGUCCAGGCUGGACCAGGCACAAGAGUCUUUCACUGGAGAACACACAGCAUGA